AUGUCUUUAGCUCUCUCUCUUUGCUUGGCUUUCCUUUUUUCCAUUUGCCAUGGUUCUCAUAGCUUACCUGCACGACGAAGUCCUCAUCUUGAUGGGCUGCUUCCAAAUGGAAACUUUGAGCAAGUUCCAAACAAAUCAAACAUGAGAAAGAGGCAAAUAAUUGGAAAAUAUUCUCUUCCUCAUUGGGAAAUCUCCGGCCACGUGGAGUUAGUCUCCGGCGGUCCACAACCGGGAGGUUUCUAUUUUGCAGUGCCACGUGGAGUCCAUGCAGCUAGGCUAGGAAACUUAGCCUCAAUAUCUCAAUAUGUAAGAGUAAAGCGUGGCUUGAUCUAUUCUCUAACGUUUGGGGUCACGAGGACUUGUGCUCAGGACGAGAACAUACGAGUCUCCGUGCCUGGUCAGACCAAUGAGCUCCCGAUCCAGACGCUGUUUAGUACUAACGGUGGAGAUACUUACGCUUGGGCUUUCAAGGCAACGUCUGAUUUAGUUAAGAUCACUUUCCAUAAUCCUGGUGUUCAAGAGGAUCCUUCUUGUGGUCCUCUCGUUGACGCUGUUGCCAUCAAGGAAAUUCUCCCCCUCCGGUAUAACAGAGGAAACAUUGUGAAAAAUGGCGGGUUCGAGGUUGGUCCACACGUAUUCAAGAACUUCUCUACUGGAAUCUUGAUUCCAGCGAAGAUACAAGAUCUGAUCUCACCGUUACCGGGAUGGAUCGUCGAGUCUCUUAAACCGGUUAAAUACAUUGAUAAUGGUCAUUUCAAUGUCCCCUCAGGACACGCCGCAAUUGAGAUCAUUGCCGGGAGAGAAAGCGCCAUAGCUCAAAUCAUCCGUACCGUCGCCGGUAAAUACUACAUUCUCUCGUUCGUUGUUGGAGACGCACACAACGGCUGCCAUGGAUCGAUGAUGGUGGAAGCGUUUGCGGGAAGAUCGACGUUUAAGCUUAGGUUUGAAUCUAAUGGAAAAGGAGCGGUUAAAGUGGGACGUUUCAGAUUUCGAGCCGAUUCGAACCGCACGAGGAUUACUUUCUACAGUGGGUUUUAUCAUACUAAGCUCCAUGAUUUUGGACAUCUUUGUGGACCUGUGCUCGACAAUGUUAGGGUUGUUAUGACCCGUUAA